GGACGGUGGAAAAAAGCAUCAUCAUCUGCUUGACUGUCUUGUCUACCAGCAAGCACGCGCCCUGUGCCUGGUGGGAGAGCCAUGGCCGUCGUGUGGUCUUGCGAGGAGCGAGGACGGGUCAUCUGUCGUGAUGAGAUCGUAGCCGCGUAGUUCCGUCGCACGAGCGCGCUUCUCUGCACCGCCAUGUCGUGGCCCCUUCUGCGCUUCUCCUCCUCGCGCGCUCUCCGCUCCCUCUCGGCCCUGGUUGUUCCGCGAGCCGUUUCCCGUCUCGCCGCCUUACACCCUGCUCGUUGCGCUUGCUCCAGCUUAGCUGCCGUGGACACGUGUCCAACCACUAUUGGCCGCUCGAGCUAUUUGAGUAGGCUGUGCCGUCGGAUUCUCCGGUUCCCGCCGCAGAUCCCGCCGCCAGGAGCGCAUCGCGUCGUCCCGAGUCGCGGUUACUUGCCCUCUGUCGCCGAGACUAGUCGCCGUGCGUCGUCGUGCGUCGCGCAGCGUUUUCGCGAGUCUGUGCGAAGCGGAUCGCGUGCGAAUCGUGUGUGGGGCGCGGGUUCGAAUCCCGUCCGCGGGCUUUCCGCUAGGCCAGCUGGCACCAGCGAGAGGAGAUUUAUCAGCAGCAGCAGCAGCAGCAGCAGCAGCAGCGGUGGUUGUGGCCGAGUAACCUUUCGGAUCGCCAUCACCCGGAUUGCUCCCAUGGCAGCCCUGCCUUCGCUCUCUCUCUUUGGCCGCUUCUCCACACCCACCGUGUCCACCGUCAACAGUUCAACCUCCGCCAACUGCUUCUUUUCCUCCUCCACCUCCUCCUCCUACUCCUUCACGCAUCCCCUUUCCUGGCCGCACAGAUGCUCCAUCCCCAGCACCCCUUGCAGGCCUUUCUCUCCCUUAGUUGUAGCGUCCAGCACGCCUGGUAGCAGCACCGCUGGUGGCGCUGGCAGCAGCACCAGCGGCAGCGGCAGGAGCGGUAGCAGCGGCAGGAGUGGCAGCAGUGGCAGGGGCCCUGGUAGAAGUAGGAGCUAUGGCGUACUGGCUUCAGACGCCGACUCUGCCGCUCCUGUUGCUGCUGCUCCUGUCUCUGCCGCUGAUGCUGCUGCUGCUGCUGCUGCUGCUGCUUGUGUGAGCAGUGCAGUCGCAGAGGAGGCGUCAGCAACGGAGAAGAGGCGGAGGAAGAGGGAGCGGGCGCAGGGGCAAAGUGGUGCCUCGCCUUCUGCUGCUGGGCGUCGGGGUGGUCGUGGUGGUGGUGAUGGUGGUGGUAAGGGUGGUGGUAGCAGCGGUGGUGGUGGUGGUAGAGCGGGAGGUGCUGGUCAUGCUGUGUUGAAGGGUAAAAGCAAUGGCGGUGGCAAGAGGUCAAGUGAUGCCAAGAAGAAUGCUGCAUCGCCUGCAGUGGUGCUGCGGCCGGGACAGCACCCCAUGCGCCCCAACCUCAUUCCCAGCUUCACCUGGCACGUGCUGCGAGGCCUCAGGCGACAUGGGUUCGAGGCGUAUCUGGUGGGCGGCAGCAUCAGGGACCUGCUGCUGGACCUGCAGCCCAAGGACUACGACGUGCUCUCCACCGCCACCACCACACAGGUGCGGCGGUCGUUCCCUAGGGCUCGAAUCGUGGGCCGGCGCUUCCCCAUCUGCCACGUGGUGGUGGGCAGGGAGAUAGUCGAGGUAUCUAGCUUCAAGACCAAGGAGAGACUUCCCAACAGGAAAGGAAGACGGGCGAACAUAGAGCUGGCGAGGCCAGCCACAAAGCUGCAAUGGCUGGAUGACGAUGGGGAGGAGGAGGGCGAGGAGGAGGAGGAGGACGAGGAGGAGGGCGAGGAGGGUGAGGAGGGCGAGGAAGGGGAGGGGGGAGGGGAGGAGGGGACGGAAGGGGGGCGGUUGGUGGGUGUGGGUCCCCCGCGGGAGAUGGUGGAGCGGAGGGAGUGGACGAGCAAGGACUCGGAGCGGUGGCUCAACGCGGCACGCAGAGACUUCACUGUCAAUGGGCUGAUGCUGGACCCGUUCAGUGGAACGCUGUACGACUAUGUGGGCGCCAUGGACGACAUCAACAGCCGCAUGCUCAGAACAAUACAACCAGCCCUGCCCUCCUUCCUUGACGACCCAGUGCGUGUGCUGCGCGCCAUGCGCCUGGCGUCCAAGGCGCGCCUCGCCCUGCACGCUGACAUCGUUGCCGCGCUGCAGUCGCCGCGCCUCCUCUCCACCCUCGCUCAAGUCAACAGGGACCGGGUGCAGCAGGAGGUGGCGCUGCUGCUGUCCUACGGGUCGGCAGAGCCCGCCAUGCGCCUGCUGUGGUCUCACCGCCUCAUGCCGCUGCUGCUGCCGCUGCAUUCCGCUCGCCUGCUAGCUCGUGGCUUCCCCUCCGCCCCAUCUGCUGCUGCCACUGCUGACGACUUGCUCUUUUCCAUGCUGCGACAGCUGGAUCGCCUCACUGCUCCCAAUGCUCCCUGCAGACCGCUUGUCUGGGUGAGCAUAUUAGCCCUUUACCUUGCAGCGACCGCCACGACCACACCGCCGGCAGUGUUGCUGGCAGCAGCUCUGCGCAUGCGAAGGGGCGGGCUGGAGUGGGGGCGAGCAGCAGCGGACGCAACAGAGGUUGUGCGGAGACUAAAGGCGGGGGAGCCAGUGGACGUAGAGCUGCUGGUGGGGAGUGGUGGGGAAGGGGAGGGGGAGGAGAGGCACGGACAGAGCAGGCGGAAGAAGAAGGGGAAGGGGAGGGUGGAGGGUGCGCGGGAUGUGGAGGGUGAGGAAGAGGGGGAGGGAGAGGGGAAGGGAGUGGGGGAUGGUGACGGGAGGAGGACGGGUGAGCAGAGAGCCGAGGAGAGGAGAGUAGUGAAGGAAGCCAGACAGCUGCUUCCCAGGGCCCUGCGCUGCCUGCUGCACAUGACUGACGAGGAGGAGCUCUCACGCCAUUCACACGCGCAACUGGGCAUCUCUCUUCCCGAACCCAUCUUGUUAACCCGUGCCAGUGCCUCAGAAGCAGCGCAGCUGCUCUACCGCAGCAUGUCCGGCCGCCAGGUCAAGGACCCCCUAUCGCUCGACCAGCUUCUCACCACCACAGGGCUUGCUGGGGAUGCUGAUGAUGAUGAUGACGAGGAUGAGGAGGAUGGGGCUGGUGUGAGGCGGAAAAAGCAGGCGGGUAGGCGGCAGAAACAGCAGAAGCAGGGGGGGAGGUGGGAGGCAGGGCAUGUUUCGGCGGAGGUUUUGGAUGAAGCUGAGAUGCUGGUGUCCUGGGUGGUCAUCAAUUCGGUGCCUUCGAUCGUUUAGGGUGUCACUUGAUGUAGUAUCUGGUAACUUGCACUGUAUUCGAUGUAAUGUAACAUCCCUCUAGUCUGCAGCUAUGUAAUCAAAAUUGUGAAAGCUU